GGGGGCACAAACAAAGAUGUGGACAGCUUGCAGGCCAGGCUCCAGGCACCAGCCCAGUAAGCAGAUGCUUGGGGCUGCCAAGGGAGAGGGGCAGUGCGUCAGGCUCUUUGGCCUGCGAUAGCAGCUUUUUUUUUAUUAUUAUUAUUAUUUUUUAUUUUUCUUUUUGCUGCUUGGAGCAGCAAAAACUCUGGAGCCCGCCCUCACAGUUUGGAGUUUGUUUCUGAUCAGAAAUUCAUCAGGGAGAAGGGAGCAACACAGAAUUCUGCCUGUGGGUGUAACUGACUCACACUGAUUUAGGGCAACAGGUUUUUUUGAACAGCGCCUGAAUCUGGCAGAUUAAACCCCCAGAAUUCCUUAGAAUUUCGCACCGUGUUUGAGAAACUUUUUCUAAGGAAUUAUUCGUGACCGUGCUGCAGCGUUUCUUGAUACCCGUCCCCAGGCGGCAGGAGUGACUGAUUUAGCGCCUGCGAGUCUCUUUGCCGGCCGGGAUAGCGCUCCGGCUAUGCGCGCUCUGGGGGGCUCCGGCCUGCGGGCGCUGCUCUCAGUAGCAUGGUUGAUUUCAUGGUGUUACGUCCUAGCUGGGCCCCCAGGAGAGAGGAUGACUGCUGCUGCUGGAUCCUGCAUUGGGCUCCCUGGACUGGAUCAGUUGCAGGGUGUUAGCCUCAUGCAAUGGAAAUUUUCUGAGCAAUACCUUGUGACUUAUCAUGUCAAUAACUCCAGUCUUCCUGACAUUGUGGACCAAGACAGAUUUCUUUUCCAGAAGUCAAAUGGAUCUCUCCAGAUCUGUGGAUUAAAAGUGAAUGACAGUGGGAUCUAUACCCUAAUAAUAAACAUGAAGAAGCAAAAUGACAGAUCCAUCCAACUAGAAGUUGUUGAGCCCGUGUCCCAGCCGGAACUCUGGAGCAACUUGUCCUUGAUCGGCCUUACCACUGAGCUGGUGUGCAACACCUCAGUUGAGAAAGUGGCUAAAUAUCAGUGGAAGAAGGAUGGGAAGCCCCUCCCUAUAGAAAGCCAUUACCAGCUCUCUCAGAAUAACAGUGUGUUACUCAUAUUAACCACCACCUGGUCUGACAAAGGCUCCUAUAGUUGUAAUGUCAGCAAUGAGGUCAGCUGGCAUGAAAUUUCCCUGGAGCUGUCCAUUCAACAAAACAGAAAGAGAAUAUGGAUGCUGCUCCCCAUUGGAAUAUGUAUGAUUGCCUGUGUUGUCACUGGUAUCUUCAUUUUUAAAUCCAGCUCAUGAGUGUGUUUUUUUUUAAUUCUGAUUUUUAUCAGAAGAAGGUUCUUUUGGGGAAAGGAGCUUGCAACAGAACUUCCUUGAAUGUCUUGUGUGAUGUCCUAGUCAAUUUCUGGAAUAAUUAAUGAAGCACUUUAUGGUGAGCAGAACCAGACGUUUCAGAGAAAGAUGCAAGAAACCAUGUGUGACAGUGUACCCCAUAAGGCUUUAUGGGGAGGGAGUGCUUAUAAAUGUAUGUAUGACAUAACUGGAAUAUGUUUUGUGCUGCCUGUGCCAGGUAACAUAUCUCCAUAAAGGUUAUGGUCUACUAUAUCUAUUCAUCCUAUUUGUACAUGUAUAUCAUUUUCUACUUGAGGUUAAGAGUAUGGGCUGAAUGCUUGCUUGGUUUCUAAGUAAGCUUUGGGAGGCAUUUGCUCAGCUUCUUUAGGAAGGAAUUCGCCAGGUUAAGUACCUGAUCAGGAAACACUUGGAGAACAAUGCAUCUUGGAAUGCUCCAAUCCACAUAAGAAGUCUUCCUGGAGACAUACAAGAUACCAUGUGGACAAUGGCGUCAGCCUGUAAAGACUGAGUCAUGCAGGGGCAUGUGACUUGCCCAGGUGACUCCAAAAUUCCAUCUUGGAGCUGGACUUUGCAUAGGAGGGAGGAGGGGGGUCCCCACCCACAAGAGUCUAUUUAAACCCGUGGGAGACCCCCUCCAUUUUGUCUUCAGCUGGCUAAAGAAGGAGCCUCUCCACCCCCCACCCCCCAGGAUACUUGAAGGAGACUGAAACAAAGGACAGUAAAUACAGGGGGUGUGAGUGAUUGCUGGACCCAGGCUAAAAGGAGAUUAGCCUGUAAAAGGGAGCACUCUGGAACUGGUGAGGAAAUUAUCUGUAUUCAGUUUGAUUAGGUAUAGAUUUGCGCAUUUUAUUUUAUUUUGCUUGGUGACUUACUUUGUUCUGUCUGUUACUACUUGGAACCACUGGUGACUUACUUUGUUCUGUCUGUUACUACUUGGAACCACUUAAAUCCUACUGUCUGUAUUUAAUAAAAUCACUUUUUAUUUAGUAAUUUA